AUGGUGGUGGUCGCCCGAGUUGCCGUGCCGCUUGCUGUGUUGCUGCUUGCCGCCGCACCGCUGCCGCUUGCUGCGCUGCUGCCGCGCCGCUGCACUGCUCCGUGCCCCGCGGCCACGCUGCUUCUUGCCGCCACUUGGCGUGCUGCUGUGUGCGCCGCCGCCGGCUGCUACUGCGUGCACCGCCCGCCGCUGAUGCUUGCCACCAUCCCUGCCUCUGUUGUCCGCUCCCCCUGCUGUUGCUACUGCUUGUCACCCCCUUGCUGCAGCUUGACUAGGAGCAUGGCGACAAAGGCCACCGGAGCAGUAGAAGGCCACCGGAGAAGAAAGGGAGACAGAGGAGAAGAAGGUACCAUGACAGACCUGCCAAAGAUGAAGAAGGCGAAGAAGGCCAAAUUCAUUGUCGGCAUCAUGGAGCCCAAGGUUGGGUUCCACAUCACUGAGGCGACUAGAAUAUGUUGCGAGUCCAACGAGUAUGUGCAUGAACUACUUCAUGUCAUGUGA